GGCGUCAACUGGUACGGCUUCCAGACCGACCAAGGAGUCGUCCACGGGCUGUACGCUCAGCCACCGUCGGUCUUCUACAAGAUCCUUGAGGACAACUCGUUCAACGCAGUGCGCAUCCCCGUGGACCUCGACCUCAUCCUGUACGACAGGAAGCACGGCUUCAUCAAGCCCGAGCCGGAUGAGGUAGAGGAGCGGGCGGCCGAAACCAAUGCGUGUCUUGCCUUUGCGCCCGGCCCUGCGGCGGAAGACGACACGCUGCGAGCGGCGGCGCUGAACGCGUCGUCGUGCGGCGGCCCCUCGCCUCUGAUGCAGAAUACGUCGCUGCAAGUGCUCGAGAUCAUGGUGGACGAGUUCGCCAAGCGCGGCAUCCUCGUGCUGCUGGACCUGCACUGCCUCUCCACCAAAGGCACCAACGCCUCGCCCGUCUUCUUCGACUCGAGCCACACCGUCGCCCAGGCGCUCCAGGGCUGGGGGAAGCUCGCGCGGAGUUUCGGCGCGAAGAAGAACGUGCUCGGCGCGGACGUCUUCAACGAGCCCUUGGCCCCAAGAGCUAAAGGUCAACAUCCCCUCCGGCUAUACGACAAUGCGAACCUGGAUCUGGUCCUCACGGGGAAUUUUGACAAUUAA